AUGUCGAGAUAUCCAGGGACUGAGAACUCGUACAAACCACACGGAGACCCUGCUAUAAACGAGCAACAUCGGAUAGCAACACACCUUGGCUGGUGCGAUAAAGGAGGAUUCCACGAAUUGAGGUCUCACUACACGAGUGGUACCUUGUUUUGGGCUUUCUGUUUAGGCUUACCGCGUUUCUGUGGCUACUCAAAGAAAAAAACAGUUUGUACGAAAUGUGGUAAAACCUUCCAUGGUGUUGUGUUUCCUGAACCACGAUGA